AUGGACCCGAACGCUUUUGCCCCCACGAAUCCCGCAGAUUUGGAUGAAUGGAAAGAAAGACUUUUGGGGAAAAAGUAUGUUGAGAAUGAUGAGAUGCAUGUCGAGGGACAAACAUUUCCACGCUCACAAUUACCACCCGUAAACCGUGUCCUUCCUCCUGGAGCCCCUGCUACCCGUGACUAUGUCCCCAACCGUCUCAAUGUGAUCUUGGAUGAUGCAGAUAUUGUAACAAGUGUAUAUUAUGCCUGA